AUGGCGGACCUUCCCACGGCGAGAGAACUGGAGCUGGAGACGCUGCUGAGGCAGCGGGAUGCGCAGGUCGCAGAGCUAACGGACGAGGUCGCACAAUUGCGUCAGUAUCUCUCGACGCAGCCCGCGCCCUCCACGACCGACCCCAUUUCUCUCCCACCUGCGCUCGUGUCCUUGCUCUUGCCUCACAUCAACGAUCGCCCGUUGAACAACGCGACGGCGACAUCCAAUUCAGUAACUGCCGCUCUAACUCAGCGCGCUAAAGUACUUCAGGAGGAGAAUGACGAGCUCUACGAGCUCCUGAAAACCGGUGAGACCGGACGGCUGAAGGAAGACGUGCGCGCUCUUCGCCGGGUAGUACAGAAAUUGGAGGGGGCGCUCGAAGAAUCACAUCAGGUUAUUGCCUCUCUCUCGUCCGAGUUGGACAAGUCUCACGAGGCUGUCAUGGCGAGCGGCCGUCUGGCGAACGCUCCGAGCAUCCAUGCCCCCUCACACUCGCCGACGCCGCGCAAUGUCUACCAGGCUCCUCCACAUUUGGUAUCUGCAACGAAUGGGAAGCCCCUACCCACGGGGCCUCGGGCCCACAAAAAGCCGCGUCUGUCGGAGUCGCACACACCACCCGCCCGCUCUAACGUGUCCUUACCGCCUCCCACAAAGACAUUCGCAACCAACGCCAACUCCAUCCCCAUCAAGGAUGUGCGCGGGCGCCGUGGAUCUACAGACAAGAAGCCUCCCGCGAACAACGUGGACGUUGCCGAGGACCAGCGAAAGAGGCCACGGUCACCUGAGCCGGAACGUGACCGUGACCGUGUGCGGGGUCGAGACAAAGACAAGGAACGCGAGAAGGAGACGGAGCCCGACCGCGAUCGCGCGAGGGAGCGCGAUAGAGACCGUGGAAGGGACAAAGAGCACGAGCGCGACAGAGACCGCUCUUCCCGACGGACUGGCGGGCGAAGUUACAUGUCGAACAGCAGCGCUGGCAGUGGUGGUGCCCAAAGUGUCGCUGGGGGAGGUGGUGGUCGGCGAGGCCGAGGGGCAAAUAACGGAAACGCCGCUUACCCCGGCGGGGACCGGACGUUGGCGGAACGCAUGGGACUCUAA